AUGGCGCACAGAACGUAUAUUGACCUCUUUUCGCACAGGGGACGUCACCUCAGCUACCAGAGAGGCAAGCGCAACACCAACCCCAACACCAGCUUGAUCAAGAUUGAGGGUGUCGACGACUCCAAGGCCGCCAGCUUCUACCUCGGAAAGAAGGUCGCCUUUGUCUACCGCGCCUCCAAGGAGGUCCGCGGCACCAAGAUCAGAGUCAUGUGGGGCAAGGUCACCCGCGCUCACGGCAACUCUGGUGUCGUCCGCGCUCAGUUCCGCAACAACCUCCCUCCCCGUUCGUUCGGUGCCACCGUCCGCGUCAUGCUUUACCCCUCCUCGAUAUAA